AUGCCAAUACAAAAUAUUAUGGGCAACUCCAUUUACAAUUUGUUCGAAUUGAAAAAAUAUUUCAAGUAUUUUUUUAUAAUUAUAUUAGGAUUGCUGUAUUAUUUUGGUGUUUUCACUCAUUUUUUUGAGUUGGACUAUUAUUCUCAAUUUGUGUACCCACUGGAAACUAACAUUUCCAAGUGCAUAGUUAACGCACAGUCUGGUGAAACUGAUCAACUACCUUGUAUUAAUAUUAAUCCAUUAGAAUAUGAUCUACUGUUAUCAAAUAAUACUAAAUGUAAUAGAAACAUUCAUUUACUAGUAUUGGUGAAAUCAGCUUUAAAUCAUUUUGAUAGACGAAGGACUAUUCGAAAAACUUGGGGAUUUGAGAAUCGAUUUUCUGAUGUACCAACUAGAACAGUUUUUAUAUUGGGAAAAUCGUUUGAUACAGAUUUAGAAAAACGAAUUAAAGAAGAACACGAACAGUAUGGAGACAUUGUACAGUAUGAUUUUGUUGACAAGUACUACAAUAACACCAUCAAAACUAUGAAUGCAAUUAAAUGGGCGUCAACACAUUGUAAUAGUUCAAGAUUCUAUUUUUUCUCAGACGAUGACAUGUAUGUUUCUAUGAAAAAUGUGUUACGCUAUUUGCGAAAUCCAACCGAAUAUCCAGAAUAUUUAAGUAAAGAAGUUAAAGGAAAGCAAUCUAAGCAUAUCUUGCCAUCAGAUAUAGUAUUAUUUACUGGAUACGUUUUUAAUUCUUCACCACUGAGACAUCAAAUAAGUAAAUGGUAUGUGUCCCUUUCGGAAUAUCCAUAUCAUAUGUGGCCACCAUACGUUACUGCUGGCGCUUAUAUGUUAUCCAAAGCAGCUUUAGUCAAAUUUUAUUAUGGAAGUUCUUAUACAAAGCGGUUUCGAUUUGAUGACAUAUAUUUAGGAUUGUUAGCAAAGAAAUUAAAUAUAAAACCUCUUCAUUGUGAACACAUAUAUUUUUAUAAGAAAGAUUAUUCUAUGAGUAGUUAUAAGUAUGUUAUAGCUAGUCAUGGAUAUGAUGAUAGUGAAGAGCUACUUAAUGUUUGGUUGGAACAAAAAAGUAAUGGAAACGCAUAA